AUGGCCGACUAUAACCCGACUCCGUCCUAUCCGCAGCCACAGAGGCUGACCGGCGCUCUUAGCCAGUUCAAAUACAUCGAAUCCACACCAGCCUUGGGAAGGGAGUAUAUGGACCUUCAGCUGUCUUCCAUUCUUGAAAAUGAUGAGAUGGUGCGAGAUCUGGCAAUCACCGCAUCCGAGCGUGGCGUCCUCCUGUUCAAUGACCAGAACAUUACCCCUUUUGAGCUGAAGCGACUCCUCGUGAAACUGGGGAAAUUGACAGGCAAUCCGCCAGAGGCUGGCCUACACCGGUCUGCCUUCCCGUCUCAAAUUCACAGCCAUUUGGACAUACCUGAGGUGGAGGAUCCUGACAUUUUCAUCAUAUCGUCCGUGACCCAGAAAAAGAGCUUAGCAGAUGCCCUGCCGACAGGUGGCCGAAAGUUUGCGAGCUGGGGAUGGCACACCGACGAGUCUUACGAGAAAUACCCCCCUGCGUAUACAGGGUUCAAGAUAGCCAAAAGUCCUCCUACCGGCGGUGACACUCUCUUUGUCUCCUCUUACGGUCUCUACGAACAUCUCUCGGAGCCGUGGCAGAAGUUCGCAGACGGGCUUACCGCGACCCAUUCAGCAAAAGAGUUUCUCCGCUUCAUGGAAAAGGGCAUGACCCUUGAUGGAGAACUCCAGAGAGGUCACCCGGAAAAUGUUGGCCUUGAGUUCCGGGCCUCGCAGUAUGCCUCCCCGCUCGCUCUUUAUACUAACUGUUCAUUCAACCCGGCUGAUAUGAGAACAGUCCUCCGCAUGAUCACCGAUAGCUCUGACCUCCAAACUCGUAAGCGUUGGAACGACAACGGUGUCGCAAUCUGGGAUAAGUUGAGGUAUUGGAGAGAAGCCCUACUACGACCCGAGUUCUGCCUCCAGGGCCGAGUUUCUUCGCAAUAA